UUGCGGUCCUUCUGCCAGCAGGCGUCACUGUCUGUCUCACGCGCAUGCGUUUUACUUCUCACGCACGCGCAAGAGAGGACAAACAGUCAUGGCGGCGGCGGAGAAAUCCACGAAAGAGAAGCUUUUAUCCACUCUGGAUGAUAUUGAAGUUUUAUCCAGAGAGCUGAUAGAGAUGCUGGCGCUGGCCAGGACACAGAAACUGCCCCAGCCUGGAGAGGACACAGAGAUACUGGAGCUGCUGGUGCAGAGAGAUAGAGAGUUCCAGGAGCUGAUGCAGACGGCGGUGGAGCAGGGCAAAGUGCACCAGGAGAUGCAGGCACUGGAGAAGGAAGUUGAGUAGAGAGACAGCGAUAUCCAGCAGCUCCAGAAACAGCUCAAAGAGGCUGAGCAUAUACUGGCCACUGCUGUCUACCAAGCCAAAGAAAAACUGAAGUCUAUUGAAAAGGCCAGAAAAGGGAGUAUCUCUUCAGAGGAGAUCAUCAAAUACGCUCACAGGAUCAGUGCCAGUAAUGCAGUGUGUGCUCCUCUCAACUGGCUUCCAGGUGAUCCCCGCAGGCCGUACCCCACUGAUCUGGAGAUGCGCAGUGGAAUACUGGGUAACAUGAGCAACAUGUCCACCAACGGAGUGAACGGGCACCUGCCUGGAGACGCAUUGGCUGCUGGGAGAUUACCAGAUAUUCUAACCCCACAGUAUCCUUGGCAGUCCGCUGAUGUUUCCAUGGGGAUUCUGCCUCCUCACCAUGGCAACGAUUUUGGCCUGGAGCCACCUGGUCAUAACAAGGAAAAUGAAGAUGAUGUUGAGGCCAUGUCAACAGAUUCCUCCAGCAGCAGCAGUGACUCAGACUGAGUGCGUGUGUGCGUGUGUGU